AUGACAAAUAUUUUGGGCGACCUGGACGUCCUGACUGGCCUUAAGCACUUGUCUCUCAGGUAUGUUUUGGACGUGGAGGAAUGGAAAGAGCUCGUCAGAUCUUCAACAAGCUUGCCGCAGCUGGAAAACGUUUGGAGUCGGAUUGCAAGGAUCGAGCCAAAGCUAAGAGACACAGACUUUGGCAACUAUCUGAUUCGCGCGUUUGGGAAACGAGGCUGCCUGAAAUGUUCCCUGCGGGUGUUUGACGCGAUCAUCGCCAAGAACACCAAGUCCUGGUUGCUGGUGCUCUCCAGCUUCGCUCUCACCAGAUGCUUCGAUCAGCCAACACGCAAGGGCUCUCUGGAGGACGCCAAGAAUAAAUUCGAAAGCGGUGCCAAGAGCCAAGGGUGCUGGAACUCGAUGCUCGCGGCUUAUGCCCAGAACGGGCAUCUCUCGCGCGCGAAACAACUCUUCGACGAGAUGCCGGCUCGUGACAUCGUCUCUUGGAGCUCGAUGCUCGCAGCAAGCUCGCUCAACAGAAACUCCAACGCAGCAGAUUUCUUUGAGAGAAUGCCGUCGCGGGAUCAGGUGUCGUGGACUGCGCUCCUCGCAGGCCAUGCACGGGCUGGAAACGUUGACAAGGCGAUCGCGCUCUUCAACUCGAUGCCGUGCCGAGACGUCCCGGCCUGGAACAUCAUCUUCGCGACUUACAGCCACGCGGGAGAUUUCAAGACCGCAAUGGAGCUGAGGAGGGUGAUGGAUCUGGAUGGAAGCAAGCCGGACGAGCUCUCCUUCGUCUCGCUCCUGCUGGGAUGCUCGUCCAGAGACACCGCUCGGCGCUGCCUGUGGCUGAUGAUCCGCGACUAUCACAUCGCUCCAAUCAAGCUCCACUACGGCUGCAUGGCGGACUUGUUCCACCGGUGUGGCUACAGGAGGAAAAACGACAUAGAGCCUUUCAAAGCGAGCAUUCCGGACGAGAGUAGCGACUGGGUGGAGAGAAUCCUCGAAGCUGAAAGGAGGUAA